UCACUCACUGCCACUGUUUUCUUUUCCAAAAUGUUGCAGCAAGUCAUCAACUAAACAAACACUAGUCACUCCACUAGUCCACUGCAACUAAGGUGACAAAGCAGCAAAAGUGAAGAACCCCCAACAAGUCCCAUAUCAUAUCAAUCCAUCAAUUUUCAAAACAUGCCCAACUCUUUGCUCCUCAUCUCCCACCUCCCCAUUAUUCCACCAACACACACAACCCCACGCCACGUCAGCCCUAGAAUGUCCCUCAACAACAACAACAACAACCAAACCCCAAAACCCCCAAACCCUUCUUCCCUUCUCACCUCCCUCCCAAAACUCCUCUGGGGCCCAUCUCUCCCUCCUGGCCUCUUAAUCUCCACCGUCCGUACAGCAUGGCACUCCACGUGGCAGCUCAUGAUGUCUCAGCUCGCCCCCUCCGAUCCCUCCGGCAGUUACUCUAGACCCACCUCCAAAUUUCGCCACGUGGCAACUACCCAGUUUUCCCGCCAAAACCUUCACCUCUACGUGGGCCUACCUUGCCCAUGGGCCCACAGGACCCUCAUAGUCCGAAACCUUAAAGGCCUCGAAGAAACCGUUCCUGUCUCAAUAGCCUCUCCAGGCCAAGACGGCUCCUGGGAAUUUAAGUCUAGUUCAAUCCCUGGCCUGGACAAGGAUACCCUUAUCCCGGGUAAGGAUAGUGCAAAUGGGUGCAAAAAUUUGAGAGAGGUUUAUGGGCUUAGGAGAGGUGGGUACAAUGGAAGGACCACAGUGCCAAUGCUUUGGGAUGUGCAGAAUAAAGAAGUUGUGUGCAAUGAGAGUUAUGAUAUUAUUGAAUUUUUCAAUUCUGGAUUAAAUGGGUUGGCAAGUAAUCCGGGUUUGGACCUCUCACCAUUGGAAUUGAAGGGAAGGAUCGAGGAGUGGAAUCGUGUAAUUUAUCCCAAUGUUAACAAUGGAGUUUAUAGAUGUGGAUUUGCUCAAAGUCAAGGGGCAUAUGAUACAGCAGUGAGUGAACUGUUCAGUACACUGGAUAUGUUAGAUGAUCACUUGGGUAGGUCUCGCUACUUAUGUGGAGGUACACUCACCCUUGCAGAUAUAUGCCUGUUUACCACUUUGAUUCGGUUCGAUCUUGUGUAUAACGUUCUGUUCAAGUGCACCAAGAAGAAGCUACUAGAGUAUUCCAAUCUUCAUGCCUAUAUGCGUGACCUUUACCAGAUUCCUAAGGUUGCAGCAACUUGCAACUUUACAGCAAUUAUGGAUGGUUACUACAAAACACUUUUUCCUCUGAAUCCAGGCAGCAUUCAACCUGUCAUGCCUUCAGGUUGUGAGCAUGAGGCCCUCUCCAGGCCUCAUAACAGAGAAUCAUUGUCGUCGACAGAGAGUAAAUAUGCACAGGUUCAGUAAAUAUACAUAGGUUCAAGUUUCAUAGGAGCUAGUUCCAAGUUCGGACAGAGUUCAUUAUAAUGUUGUUGGUAUUCAGUUAUACGUAAUUUCUUGUAUCA